AUGUCUGAUGAAACUCGCGGGGAAAUGGGACAUAUCGUGCUACUUUUCACCCCCCCCCCCCCCCCCACCGAUUCUGGGCCUUUGACAGUCGAUUCGAUCUGA